AUGUUUGAAAUGGUAACACUGGCAGACACACAGGCACAUGCGCAACAGGCAGCUAAAGCCGUGGUGGUGCAGUAUGAGGACCUGGAACCCAAAAUCAUCACCAUUGAGGAUGCAAUUCUGCACCAGUCGUUCUUCCAUCCCAUCAACAAGAUAGAGAAGGGCAAUCUGCAGGAGGCGUUUGAGAAGGCUGACCAGAUCAUUGAGGGGAAGUUGAGGAUCGGAGGCCAGGAGCACUUCUACCUGGAGACCUGCGCCGCGAUCGUGGUUCCUCAUGGGGAGGACGGAGAGAUGGAGAUAUACUGUUCCACACAGAACCCCGACAUGACACAGAUGCUGGCAGCCAAGGCCCUGGGCGUCCCUGCAAACAGGGUGGUCUGCCGGGUGAAGAGGAUUGGUGGGGGAUUUGGAGGGAAGGAGACACGAAUAUGUGUUCUUAGUUCAGUCUGCGCUGUAGCAGCUCACAAACUAGUGUGGCGCGACUCUGGCUGUAACGCGGUGACGGCUGCCGGUCGGACGGUGGAACUCUACACGGACGAACACGUCGACGCCAUCCUGUGUCCCCCGUGUAACGAUGCGUGCGUCGCCUCCGCGCUCCUGGCUGGAUACUGGAACAUCCCCGCCAUCACCUGGGCAGCCAUGGACCCCCGCAUGGACGAUAAAAUCCUCUUCAACACCCUGACUCGUCUACUGCUGCCGUUCAACAGUCUGGGCAAGUUUAACAGUCUGGGCAAGGUGAACCUGUUCUCUCAGUACAUGUAG